GAUAAUAAUAAACAUUCCAGUAAGUGACGAUGUUUCGAUACCUAGGAAUAUUUUUCUGCUCUUUUGCCUUAUUAUCAGCAGAACAAUCAUGUUCAAAAUUUCACUAUGAGGAGCAAUCAUUAAGAAAGAUGAUUACGGUGGAGAUUUUAGUGGACAAACUUAAGGCGGAUGUUGAUGAAACCAAAGGAAACCUUCAUGACACAUUGGCUUAUAUAACAACUGAACGCACUGAAUCUAACAAAAUGCUUAAACAAAUAACAUCAAGAAUUGUGGAUAUUGAAAAUACUCUGAAGGACUUAAAAGAUGAGAAAGAAACAGCGGAUAUAAUUCACUUUAGUGCGAGAGGAAUCAAGAAUAGGUCACCUGCUACAAAAGAAACACUGGUGUUUUCAUCAAUAAUGUCAAACCAUGGAUCGGCGUAUGACAAAUCCACCGGAAUAUUCACGGCACCUGUUAGAGGACUUUAUAUGUUUAAUCUUCAUCUUUGCAUCUAUCGGGACAAAUAUUUGUAUUUUGAGAUUGUUGCUAAUGACCACGCAAUUUUUAGAGGCCUAGGAGUCGAUGAUACAAGUAAAUGGUCAACAUGCCAUUCCUAUAGUACUUCUACCAUACUGAAUGCAUUGGAUAAGGUUGCAGUUAAAGCUGCCAGAACAAGCGGGAGCGCCCUUUGGGAAAGUGACUCUGAAACUUGGAAUAUGUUCAACGGAUUUCUUGUUCUUAAAUAUUAACAAAAAGAAAAAAAUCAAACAAACAAAAAAUAACAAAAAACAGCAAGACAAAAUAGUGCUUUAAAGAAUUGUUAACAUGGGACACGUAACCGCUUUAGUGCUAAAAUCACAAAUCAAACAUUUUUAUGACAUAACCUACUUCUUGCUGGUAUUUAUUGUUUUAGACUAGAAUGUUAUUUAAAAAUGUCAAUUUAGACCACCAGUGGCUUUAAAAGAAUAUCAUUAAAUAAUGCGGUGCUCACAAGACAUUGCAAUACCUUUUAUAAAGUCAAUCUUGAAUGUCAAAGUCGAUUUUCUGCAUCUCUCCUUUGAAUAUAAUCUUUGUGUAGUAGAAUUUAUUGAUAAAAAGGCAUAAUCAUAUCCUUUACUGGUGGCCAUAAUUUGUAAUAUUGCUAUCACAAAUUAUUUGUUCAAUGAAAUCGACAAAACUGGUUUAUUGACAUCGUGUUUACAUGUAUCACAAUAUCAAGCGGAAUUGCCUUUACAUUGAAAUUGCCUUUCAACAUUUCUUAUUUGCGUAGUUAUGCUCUGAUGCAUUUGGGAAAUGAAGUAUGUAUAGAUAUCAUGAUGAAGCAUAACAUAUAUUUUAAUUUCGCCUUUUUAACCUACCCCUGUAAUUGUCCUACCUGAAGUUUUCUUUUGAGGGGCGGAAAACGGAAAUAACGAAAACUCACAUGUAUAUUGAUGUUUUUCAAAAUAUCUUGAUUAAUCGAUUAAAAACCACAGUAUUUACUAGGAAUGGGUUACAAGUCGUAUUAAGUACUGUAGGAACAAGUACUGUGUUUUUCUGAUUACCGGUAGUAACGUUACACUCAGUACUCGGUAUAAAUGCAAAAAGAUUCUGUACUUGUACUCAUAAUUUCUCAGGUACUGUUUCUAAAAUACACGCUACUCUCAUAAGUUUGUCAAGUAUGUCGCUAUGCGAUAAUAAUGCCACUGACAUUUUUAUUUAUGAAUUCAUUAAUGUUUCUACUAUUUAAACGUAAUAAAUGUAGAGUGGUCCACACACACGAGCGCGUGAAUGCACGCACGUACACGCACACGCACGCACACACACACGCGCACGCGCGAGCACACGCACACACACACACACACACACAGACGCACACAUUUAGGCAGCUACAUAAGUCGAAGUCAUGCAACAAUAUGAAAUGCGGAUAUUUAUCUUAAUUAAUCAGCGAAGCACCUGAGGUUUUCCUCCUAUAAAGCUGGAAUGUCGUCAUAUGCCCAUUACAAAGUUGGUGACAAGUAAAUAAAUGAAUAUUAAGAGUCAUUACGUUUGACAAAAUUUAUUCAUUUCCUUUUUGAAAAUACCUAUUUUGUACAAAGAAACUAAACUAUUUAAAUGAAAUUAACAAAAUAUUUUCAAAACAUCUUAAGAAUAUCAAAAAUGACCACUAAUUCUUACGGUUUAUUUGUUUUUGUAUUCCCUAAUUGUUUUUCUAUCGAAAACGUUAUAUGUAUACGUUCAAUUGUCA